GUGGGCGCUUCCUUCCCUUCUUCCGUGUUUCCUCCGUUCCUUGCUUGCUUCCUUCCUUCCUUUGGACCCUGGAGGCCAACCUCGCCCGGGCGCUCUGGCCGCCCCCCGCAGCAGGGCUGGAGCCGGGGGCUGGGCUGCCCGUCCCGAAGGGGCUCCCGAGCAGCGCCGCCGCCUCCUCUUCCUCCUCCGCCUCUUCUUCCUCGGCUUGGUGCCUCCCUCCGGAGCCCCUCAGCGCCUGGGGCAAGUCUUCCUCCUCCUCCUGCGGCGGAGAGUGGUUCCCAUCGCGGCGCAAAGCGGGCUCCUCGGCGGAGGCCAUGGGCUCCGACGUGCGCGACCUCAACGCGCUCCUGCCGCCGCCUCCUCCUCCUCCGCCGGGCAACGGGGGCUGCCCCAUGCCGGUGGGCGCGGCGCAGUGGGGCCCAGUGCUGGACUUCCCCUCGGGCGCCGCUUACGGCUCGCUGGCCGGCCCCCCGCAGCCCCCGCCCUCGGCCUUCAUCAAGCAGGAGCCCAGCUGGAGCGCCUCGGACCCGCACGAGGAGCAGUGCCUCAGCGCCUUCACCGUCCACUUCUCGGGCCAGUUCACGGGCACGGCCGGCGCCUGCCGCUACGGGGCCUACGGGGCGCCCCCGCCCCCGCCGCCGCCCCCGCCGCCCCCGCCCUCCAGCCAGGCGCCCCCCGCCCAGACGCGCCUCUUCGCCCAGGGACCCUACCUGCCCAGCUGCCUCGAGGGACAGCAAGCCCUCCGCAACCAAGGUUACGGCACAGUGGCCUUUGAUGGGACUCCAAGCUAUGGACACACUCCCUCGCACCACGCUGCGCAGUUCACGAACCACUCUUUCAAACAUGAGGAUCCCCUUUCCAUCGGCCAGCAGACCUCUCUAGGUGACCAGCAGUAUUCAGUGCCUCCUCCUGUCUACGGCUGCCACACCCCCACAGACAGUUGCACAGGGAGCCAGGCUCUGCUCCUCAGGAACCCCUACAACAGUGACAAUUUAUACCAAAUGACCUCACAGCUUGAAUGCAUGACUUGGAAUCAAAUGAACUUGGGAUCCACACUUAAAGGUCACGCAACAGGAUAUGAAAGUGAUAACCAUGCAGGUCCCUUGUUAUAUAGCUGUGGAGCCCAAUACAGAAUACACACCCAUGGAGUUUUUAGAGGAAUACAAGAUGUGCGGCGAGUGCCUGGAGUAGCUCCUACAAUUGUCAGAUCAACCAGUGAGGCAAAUGAGAAACGGCCUUUCAUGUGUGUAUACCCUGGCUGUAACAAACGAUAUUUUAAGCUGUCUCAUCUGCAAAUGCAUGGUAGAAAGCACACCGGUGAAAAACCCUACCAGUGUGACUUUAAAGACUGUGAACGAAGAUUCUCUCGUUCGGAUCAGCUGAAACGACACCAAAGGCGACAUACAGGUGUGAAACCCUUCCAGUGUAAAACCUGUCAGAGAAAAUUCUCCAGAUCUGAUCACCUGAAGACUCACACCAGGACUCAUACAGGUAAAACAAGUGAAAAGCCUUUCAGUUGCCGGUGGCCCAGUUGUCAAAAAAAGUUUGCUCGGUCUGAUGAAUUGGUCCGUCACCAUAAUAUGCACAACAGGAACAUGACUAAACUUCAGCUUACUCUUUAGAUGUUUCAUAUUUACUGUACAAAAGUAGACUCAUGGACCAUUAUAAGAAUUUCAUCAUCUCUCAAUUCUGUAAGGGAAAUUAGGAUUCGGAUCAGAUCAGGCUUCUGCUUGGACUCUCGAAUCUUCCUGUUGAAAGACCUCAAAUGGUUUCAUUUUGUAAUAUUAUUAUAUAAUUCCAAGUUGAUUAUGUUAUUCUUUAAAUAUUACUAUAAACUCUAGCUGUGUAUAUUUGUUCUUCUGGUCAGAAGUUUUGUACUUUUACUUGAAAUUUGCAAGUGCAAGCUAGUGACGAUACUGUCAUGUUCGUAUGUGAUGACUGAUAUGUGUGAAAGUCCCUUCAUGCAUCAUGUUGAAAACACGGAGGUUUCCAAAGACCACUGUAGUCCUGUACAAAUACCACAUUAAUUUUGGUAACCUUUAUAACAGUCAAGGGGAACAGUUUUUUAUUCUGUGAAGCUUUGGUGUCAACAAUUUCAAAUAUUUUGCUUGUAAUUCUCAAAACUGUGCAUGUUCGGGUUUCCUAUAUGCAUAUGCAGUUUGUAUGUGUGUGUUUGUAUGUGUGUGUGGGAAAGAGAGAUCUUCAUCAGAGUUCUCCUGUCCACCCAGGGUUUGCCCUAAGCUUACACUGUUUCCACAUUUCUCUGUGUUGAAGACAGGAAAACCACAGGGACUAGUGCAUCUGAUGCAAAUCUCUUUCAUAAGUUAAUUGCAAAUUUUUGUGGCUAUUUCUGUGGGAUUGCGCAUGCUCCUAUACCCCCUACACCUGUCCACACUCCAACCAUGCUCUAUCAAGAGUAUGCAGUUAAAUGAAGUCUAUGAGCACAUCACAAUUAGUAUUUAAGUAUAGGACUCUCCCUGCACAACCAGAGAAUUUGCUUUUUCAAGAUUCCUCAUCAUGUGAAGCGUUGUCUAUGCACAAACAGUUGUACAUUAUCUAUAUAUAUAAAAGACAAAUGGUGUCGCCCCCUGCCGCUAAACAACAAAACUACAAGCCCCAGAACCUAGACAUUUUUCAGCACAAUUCACCAUCUUUGCCUCUAGGUUCCUCCAACAAAAUUAAAAAUCUGGACCCGAACCACGACCCACAAAACCCAAAAUACAGAAAAUAACACUUUGCGCAUGCGCCACACACAGACAGGCGCGUGCCCAACACAUCCCACACCUCCUCUCUUCAACCGUCGCUUCCACGAGCUCUUUUAGUCAAACUCAUCUCACUUCAAUCUAUGUAGAACUUUACCUUCAAUCAGAACCUGGGUAGCUAUCUGCCGAAAGAACUUUGGCGGUGCCCUCCUGCCUCAUAAAAAGGGGUCAGGCUGGAUGGCCUCUGGGGAAGGCACCCCUUCAAGGAGUGCUGACGAGUCCCAAGGCCUUGAUGGGCAUGCCUAGGGGCGUGGCUUCCUCGCCUGGGCACCCUUUCCCUUUCCUUCCUGUCCAACCAAGCAGGCUGCCGGCUUCUGCCCUUCUUCUGCCCAGCCUGGCCCUCAGCGCCGCUUCCUUCCUCUGUGGGGUCAUCUCUGCCUCCGCCCUCAUGGUCACACUGGUAAGUCCAUGGCUCCUGGACAUGGGCAAAGUGCCUCUCACCAUGCACACAGCGCCCCUACCCUGUCUCAGUUUGCUCACCACACACGUGCCUUUUUACAAACUGAGGCGUUUAUCCAGUAAUGGCGGUGUAGCUUUUUCAAACCUGGCUCUUCCACCCUCCCUCCUCCCUCCUCCUUCUCUCAAAGUCCCUGACUGAUUUCUAAGAAAAUAAGUUUUUAAAACCAGCAAUAGGGAGGCGAGAGAGGGCCAGUUAACUGACAGAGGUCUGGAGACAAUUCACCAUGAUUUAUAGGAGUUUUAGACACUGAGAUAUAUAGUUCUCCUGCAAUCAAACAUCACUCUAAACCCCACCAAUAGUGGACAUGGAACUCACUUCCCACACAGAUCCAGCAUGGCCAAAUUUAUAUACUGGUGGGGUUUCGGGACAAUUGACCUUUAUAUCCAGGAGUUAUAGUUCACCCGUACUCAGACAACACUGACCCCAUUUGGACCAAACCUGCCACACAAAUUUAACAUAGCCAACUGGAAAUAAUGUUGGACUUAGGUGGUCAUUGACCUUUAUCUUCGCGAGUUAUAGUUCACCUGUAUUCCGUGAGCGACCAAAAACACAUCUAGACCAGACUUUCCACACAGAUCCAACACGACUACUUGGUAUAGUAGCAGAGUUUAGAGGUGCUUCAAUUUCCUAUCUGGGAGUUGUAGUUCACCCAUAUCCACAGACCACUGAAGGUAGCCAACGUCACAUCACGACCAAACUUGCCGCACAGACUCAACAUGCCCAACUGUAAAUACUGGCAUGGUUUUGGGGUCUGGGAAUUGUAGUUCACCUGUAUUCAAAGAACACUGAACCCAGCAAGUCACAGGCGAGCAGAACGUUGGAUAAGUGAAUAUGUUGGAUAAUUACAAGGCAUUCAGGAAAACCUGAUUAAACAUCAAAUUAGGUAAUCAUUAUACAAAUUAAACACCAAAACAUCAUGUUAUACAACAAAGUUGACAGAAAAAGUAGUUCCAUGCUCACUAAUGCUAUGUAGUAAUUACUAUAUUUACAAAUUUACUACCAAAACAUCACAAUUAAUUUAAAACACUGACUAGAAAAAACAUUGACUACUAAAAGGCAGACUGCGUUGGAUAAUCCAGAACAUUGCAUAAACGAAUGUUGGAUAAAUGAGACUCCACUGUAAUAUGAAAUAAUUACUGUGGUAGAAUAAUACACAACAAUAUAAUCUCUAAAACCAGGACAGUAAUUAAAGAACAACAUUCUGGAAACAGGAAAAUUGGGAAUUGCACAAAGGAAACAAUCAGGGCCAGCUAACACCUCCCAAGAAAGGAUUCUUCCAGAAAGGAAGCUAAGAAUGGAGUAAAGCAGUGUGUAUUACCAAAGUGAAUACAAUCUGGCUCCAAGUAUUCAAAAACACUAAAAUCACAAUAUAUAAAAAUUACUGUGGUAUAAUAAAACAAAACAAUACCAUCUCUAAAAUCAGAACACUAAAUAAAGAACAACACUCUGAAAACAGGGGAAUUCCAUACAGGAAACAAUCAGGGCCAGCUAACACCUCCCAACAAAGUAUUCCCAUCACCAAAGUCUGGCAAAUCCUCUAUUUUCUCAGGGCCACAGACAGUAGAAGCACAUAAAAUAUCGCAAAGAACACCACUCUGAAAACAAGGGAAUUCCAGAAAGGAAACAAUCAGGGCCAGCUAACACCUCCCAACAAAACAUUCACUCAGACAGGAAGCAGCCAGGCUUUAAAGCUGCAAGGCCAUUACAUGUUAAUCAUUUCCCCUAAUUGCAGCAUUCAUACUUCCCUCCAACAGACCAAAAAAAAAAAACCAAUCAGAAAUAUUGUAUAUUCACAAGCUUUAGGAAAUAAUAUCCCCUGCUGGUGCAGCAUGUUAAAGUGCUGAGAUGCUGAACUUCUGGACCGAAAGGUCGCAGGUUUGAAUUGGAAGAGCGGAGUGAGCCCCCACUGUUAGCCCCAGCUUCUGCCAACCCUAAAGUUCAAAAACAUGCAAAUGACAGUAGAUGAAUAGGUACUACUCCAGCGGGAAGGUAACAGUGCUCCAUUCAGUCAUGCCACAUGACCUUUGAGGAGUCUAUGGACAACGCCAGUUCUUCGGCUUAGAAAUGGAGAUGAGCACCAACCCCCAGAGUCAGACACAACUGGACUUCAUGUCAGGAGAAAGCCUUUACCCUUUACCUUAACUACCAAGGAUUCCUCAAUACUAUAUUUCCCAUACCACCAUACUUCGCCACUGCAACGCAUGGCCGGGCACAGCUAGUAUACUCUAUAAAGAUUUUCAAUGAGCAUUGGUCAAGAACCUGUUACAGUUACAGUGACUCUACUUUGUACCUGUGUGUAUUAAAUCUAAUGAUCUGAAAGGGCUUCAGCCUGCAUGAUGACAAGACUGAUUAUAGAAUAAUUAGUGACAUUUUUCUUUACAAAAUCAAGGAUUCCACGAGGUUUACUAGAUCUCUAAUUGACAAGGGUGGAGGCCUGGUUGGCUACAUCACUGAAAGAAGAGUGUCCUAUUUCUUUCCCCUGCUUUUCCUAUCCUUGCUUCCUCUGCUGUAUGCUUUUUAUGAAAUUAAUGAUCAAGAGAUGCUUCCUAUUAUUUUAAACAACCAAAAUACCAGGCACCAAGUCCAUCACUGGGUACCUUGAUUUUUCAUCACAGCAUCUGGAUGUCCCAUCACAGGAUGGGCACAUUAUAAGCUAUUCAGCACCCAAUUUCUCUCUCUUUUUAUCCCUGUGACAGGAAACAGGAGGAAUUGCUGGUGUAUUUGCAGUCUUAAAGGGACAUGACAGUCCAUUACAUACUUUUCUGGAAUUAGGUUCCAUUGUCCACAACUGAACUUACUCUGAACUGACACAAAAUAGGAUUCUGCUGUAUAGCAAUGCCUUGUCUAGAGAUGCCCUUUUCUGUAGGUGUCUAUGGGAGAGAAACUCAAAAGUAAUACAAUCUAAAAAUUGGUUAUCUUUGUUUCUGAAGAUAAUAAUGUUAGUGGAGAUAGUAUUUAGUAUCUACAUUGCAAAUGAAAAUCUGGUGUUGAACCUGACUUGUUUGUGCCAACAACGUUUGUGUACAGAAACUGUAUAUUGUUUUGUUUGGUAUUCUGAAACUGGUUUAAAUUUAUUCCAUUUUAAGACACAAGUUCUUGCACAAAAUCAAAUCAAUAUUAUUGUAGAUGUUGAGAAUUUGUUUAACAUGCAGCCAUGCUGGUUAUAUGGCUGGCAAGUUGUAUAAAAUAAAAAUUAAAGUUGAAUUUAAGAA